UCAGUUUUUUCGCGGAGCGUCUAUGCCGCAGGAGGAGAAGACGCUUAGGAUGGAUACCCCACCCCCGGACGAGAUCCUAGGAAAACAAAACGAAAACCUGCAAAACCAGGAUGACGAAUUGGGGUUUAAGGAAAUGGACGGUCUGAGAGAAGCUUUGGCCAACCUUAGGGGACUGUCUGAGGAGGAGAAGGGCGAGAAGGCAAUGCUCCGCUCCCGCAUCCAAGAGCAAUCCCAGCUCAUCUGCAUCCUGAAACGCAGAUCCGAUGAGGCCCUGGAACGCUGCCAGAUCCUAGAACUGCUCAACUCGGAGCUGGAGGAGAAGAGGAUGCAGGAGAUGGAGAAGAUGAAGGUCCAGAGUGAGCACGCCCAAAAGCUGGAGAGUCGCUUUAUGACUCUGGCAGCCAACCACGAGAUGAUGAUCCGCUUCAAGGACGAGCACAAGAGUGAAAACAUCAAGUUGAAGGAAGAGAAUGAGAAGCUGAGGCAGGAGAAUAGCAGCCUCUUCAGCCAGGCUCUGAAAGACCAGGAGGCCAAGGUACUGCAGCUCACUACCCACAAUAAGGCCCUGGUGGAGGAACUGGAGGUCUUGAAACAGAGAUGCGCUCAUGAAGCCAGCCAGGCUCAGGCCCGAGAGAAGGAGCUGCUGGGUCUGCAGAACCAGCAAGCCUGUGACCAUGCCAAGGAGAUGGAGGAGCUGCGUAGCGAGCUACAGAGCAUCAAGCAGCAACACCUGCAGGCCGCGGAACAGAUGGGGAAGGACCAAGAGGCUAAUAUCAACCUGAACCAGGAGCUGCAGGCCAAGCUGCAGACUAUCAUGCGUGAGAAAGAGGAGCUGCUGCAGCUCUCCAUGGAGAGGGGCAAGGUGCUUCAGAACAAACAGGCUGAGAUCCGCCAGCUUGAGGAGAAGCUGGAGACAGCAGCCAUGGCCAGGAAGCAUGCACUAGAACGCUUUGAGCAAGAGGCGGUGGCCGUUGAUAGCAACUUGAGAGUUCGCGAGCUUCAGCGCAAGGUAGAUGGGAUCCAAAAAGCUUACGAUGAGCUGCGUCUCCAAUCAGAAGCCUUCAAAAAGCACAGCCUGGAUCUCUUAAGCAAAGAGAGAGAACUUAAUGCCAAACUCCGCCAUCUCUUUCCAUAAGAAAAAUUGUGCUUCCUGCUGUCUCCAGUUAAUACUUCAAGUAUAUGUGCCUUAGAUUUAUGGCAAAAACAAAGAUAACUCAUUUACUAUACUUUUAAGUACAAAAAACACUUUACUAUGA